AUGUGGCAGGAGGUGGGGAGGCACGGACUGGGUGGGGGAUCGGAGAGCUGGAGGAGUGGGGCUGGGGGCUGUGGCCUGGCUCUUGGUCCCUGGUGGUUCUGGUUGGGUGCCAGGACCCGUCGAUGGCAGGAUGGGGACCUUAAGGAUGGAAACCCCGCGGGGCGGGUAGGGGGUGGGGCGGUGCCGUCCCACCGCCAGGCCCCGCCCCCCCAAGACCGGCCCCAGUCCCCACGUCCGUCCGCGCUGGGGGCGGGAGGACGAGGGGCGUGCACGCGCGCGUGGACGGACAGACUCGGGGACGCGGACCCCCCAGAGCGUGUGGAAGCCGGGCGGGAGCCGGGCGUUCCCGGACCAGCUCCCGGAAGAGGAACGCGGCCUGGGGUCUGGGCCGCCGCUUGCUGUGCCUCCGCUGCCGUCGCCGAGCAGAAUCCACCAGAAGGACCUGGAUCAACCUCCAUCCUGAGGAAAAGUCAGAGCCCCAUGGCAGGCUCUGUGGGAGCCUCUCUGCACUCCAUCCCAGCCUUGCUCUGUGAGGUUGAGCGUCCACAGGCUGCUCUCUUCUACCCUGAGACCAGGAUAGGCUUACGACAGAACAUUAUGGCCCUGCAGAAGCUGAAGCCCAGUGCCCCUCACACCAUCGCCCUGUCCUCCCUGUAUCCUGAUGGGGAAGAAGGUCAGAUGACAGGAAGAGGCAACCCCGAUUUCAGGAAGAUCUCUUUGCCUGGCCAGGGCCCUUAUGUCAUCCAAAGUCCUUGCGCCCUUGUAGCUGAGAAUAUGGAGAACUGGGCACAUGCCAAGCGGGCUGUUGGCCUCCCUGCCCAAUUACCUGUAAUGGAGCAGGGACAAGCCCUUUGA